GCGAUGAUCUCCCAAUACUAUCUUUCGGUUGCACAGCCCCACUUUGACUGGGACCGAAAAGUGGUCAAGCACACACUGCCCAGUGGAGGGACCGCCAAAUUACGUAAGUUUAAGGCUAGUAGCCUGCUCGAGUCCUACGGAUGCAUGUGUGCGGGCGCGUUCUAUAAUUACUAUAAGCAAAAUCCAGCGGAGGGUAUGUAUCUAGUUUAUGUCUCUGCAGCAGGCGAGCCGGUGAAAAUGCCGUCGGAGAUAGAGGGAGUUGUCGCUAAAUACCCUGAUCUAUUCAAAAAGCCGAAAGGGGUUGUUGAAAGGGAGGUCGUCCACGCGAUAGAGAUUAUCCCAAGGUCUAGUAUUCUGAAGGGUAGGAUCUAUCCGAUGUCUCCAGGCGAGCUUGAUGAGCUUCAUCGGCAACUCAAGGAACUCAUAGAGAAGGGUUGGAUCCAGCCGAGUGUCUCCCCUUACGGAUCUCCUGUCUUAUUUGUACCGAAGAAGGGGGGAACUUUGAGGAUGUGCAUUGACUGUAGGGGCCUCAAUGCCAUCACUGUCAAGAAUCGAGAGCCCCUGCCGCACAUCGAUGACUUGUUGGACCGAGUGCAAGGGUGUCGGUACUUCAGGAAGAUAGAUCUGAAGUCCAGGAACCAUCAGAUUGCAAUCCGGCCCGAGGAUGAACACAAAACCACAUUUCAAACAAGGUACGGUCUGUACGAGUUUGUGGUGAUGCCUUUCGACCUUUGCAAUGCUCCUGGCACCUUUCAGCACGCAAUGAACCGGAUCUUUCAUGACUACCUGGACAAGUUUGUCAUCGUGUACCUCGAUGACAUACUUAUCUUCAGUAGGACUGUCGAGGAGCACAUUGGUCAUUUAGACAAAGUCCUUAGUCUCCUCCGACAGCACAAGUUCAAGAUUAACGGCGAGAAGUGCGAGUUUGGCCGCACCCGUAUCUUGUACUUGGGUCAUGAGAUUUCCGCAGAGGGAUUGAGGCCCGAUGACGCAAAGGUGGCCAGCAUUCGUGACUGGCCGCGGCCUCAGUCUGUGAAUGAGAUGAGGUCCUUCUUGGGGAUGACCGACGACUACCGCAACUUCGUCAAGAACUAUAGUAUAGUGGUCGCCCCUUUGACGGACCUGACCCGCCUUGACACCCCAUGGGAGUGGACAGACAGGUGUGCGGCUGCUUUCAGACAUCUGAAGCAUGCUCUGACACACUAUGAGGUCUUGAAACUUCCUGAUCCUGACAAGCCGUUUAUAGUCACCACGGAUGCUAGCGAAUAUGGCAUUGGCGUCGUGCUCACGCAGCAGGAGGGGCCAAAGUUGAGGCAUGUGGAGUACAUGUCCAAAAAAAUGCCCUCUCAGAAGUUGGCCAAGUCCACCUAUGAGAAGGAGCUCUAUGCGAUCUACAAAGCGCUAAUCCAUUGGAGGCACUACCUCCUAGGUCGUUUCUUCUACGUCAGGACUGAUCAUCAGACCCUGCGUUGGAUGAAGACGCAACCGGUAUUCUCCGACGCCCUGAAGCUUUGGAUCGAAGUCAUUGAGCAGUACGACUUCGAACCCCAGUACAUCAAGGGGGAGUAUAAUAAAGUUGUUGAUGUGCUGUCGCGUAGGCCAGACUUCUCCGGUGCGGUGAUCACUGAGUUUGGGCUUGCGGACGAUGUUACUCGUUCUUUGGUGGAAGCCUAUCGCGAGGAUCCAUUUAUGGCCGAGAUCAUACGCAGACUCGAGGCGAAGGACAAAGUAACUUCUGCCGAGUUUGAGUUGGUCAACGGCCUGCUGUUCCUUGAGAAGGCCGGGAAUAAACGUUUGUGUGUGCCUAAUCGGGAGUCAUUGCAUAGUUUAUUUUUAGGAGAGUGUCAUGAUGCCACAGGACAUUUUGGGUACAAGAAGACUGCAGCCAAUUUGCUGCAGCAGUUCUGGUGGCCCACGAUGAUGACAGAUGCCAAGCUGUACGUAGAGACUUGUCAAGUAUGUCAGAGGGACAAGCCAUGUACACAGGCCCCUCUUGGGCUCCUUAAGCCCCUUCCGAUUCCAGAAAGGCCCGGUGAAAGCCUGUCCAUGGACUUCAUGGACACGCUGGUCACCAGCAAGAGUGGAAUGAGACACAUCUUUGUCAUUGUGGAUAGGUUUAGUAAAUAUGCUAGAUUAGUGGCAAUGCCUGAAACAGCGAAAUCGGAGUAUGUGAUUAGACUCUUCAAGGAGAACUGGGUCAGGGACUUUGGGCUUCCUAAGUCUAUUGUUAGUGACAGGGAUGUCAGAGUCACAAGUGAGUUGUGGAAGGCUGCAGCUGCAGAACAGGGUACACAGCUGCAGAUGACCUCUGGGAACCACCCAGAGGCAAACGGCCAAGCAGAGCAGUUGAACCGCGUUGUACAACACCUGUUGCGGCAUUACAUCAAGCCCAAUCAGGUGGACUGGGAUGAGAAACUUGCUCUCAUCACCAGCCUGUACAACAACGCUGUCCACAGGGCUACUGGGGUGAGCCCUAACAGUCUGCAACUGACUUUCAAGCCUAGACUACCACUGGAUUUCCUAUUACCUGAGAACCAGCCAACUGCUGCACCUGGCACACUAGAGUUCGCCUAUCGAUAUGAACAACUAAUGCAGCAGGCAGUGGAACAGAUCCACAGGGCACAGGCGGCGAUGAUAGAGUCUGACAAAAGCACCGCCGCCCAUCUACAUUCCAGGUAGGGGACAGAGUCUGGGUAAAGUCCUCAGAACUGGGUCAGGAGCACGGGAUCUCCCGCAAGC